GGGCAGCAUGCGUAGGACAUUGACGGGAAUGUGGGGGAUGGGAAGGCUUAAGUUCAGUGCUCUGCACGAGGCGGCAGCCUCAGCUUCAUUGAGUCUUACUUCAGUAUAAAUUCGCCCAAAUGCCCCAGAGUUUAAAGCCUUUGACGACGAAGCGUCGGGUCCCUCCGGCAGCUCCCGGCUCCACGGUGCCGUUGAGCCCCCUGGCAGAAAGCCCAGCGACUUCAAGUGGCCUUCGCAAUCGCCAUCCUAAGAUCAGGGGCGUCGGAAGCAAGUCCAAGCUACGGAGGAGUAUCGGCAACGUCAAGGAGCAGCGGAACGUCAAACAGGAUGUCAGGCCGGGCAGUGCAGCAGUCAAAAAAGAUAGAAUCGAAACAGAUGAGGACUUAGUCGAACAGCUGAUUGCGCUUUUCUUUCUGGAAUAUUACUUUUUGCGGCUUUUCCGACUUGGUGGACUCUUUCCUUGGUAAGGGUGGUAUGCUGGGAGGGCACUUAACGGCUUCGUUGCUUUGGAUGUUAGAUGAAUGGCCCGGCUAAGACGUG